AUGGCCAGCUACGCCCCUCUGCCCCAAACCAGCCUCGGCCAGCGUCUGCACGCCCACGCCGCCGCCGCCGAGCGCGCCCUCGACCGCCUCUCCCGCCCGCUCAAGCCGCACAUCAACAAGCUCGCCCGCUUCCUGCUCGUGUCCACGUUCAUCGAGGACGCCCUGCGGAUCUCGAACCAGUUCCACGAGCAGAAAGACUACCUCAUCGAUGACCAGGAGUACCCCGACUGGUUCGUCUUGAUGGUGGGCUGUUCGGUGCUGAUCGUCUUCAAGAAGUGGGCGCUGUUCGCGGUGCUCGGGCUGGCGGGGGUGAUCGUCUCGCAGGGCUGGGUGUACGAGCUGCUGACGGACGGGACGUUUGUGUGUCUGAACCUGUCGAUCAUGGGAGCGCUGAUGCUCGCGCUGUCGGACGCCCUCGCCGGGGCCAGCGGGAGCAGUCGAAGAGGCGUGCUGGCGGGGCUGCCGGACAUCUCGGAGGACGCGGCGGUGCGCAGACAGACCUAUCUGCAGCUGGCCGGCCGGCUGCUGCUCGUCGUCUUCUUCGUCGGCCACGCCCUCGCCGCAUACCUCGAGCUCGCCGCAGAGACGCUCUCCCUCGUCAACCUCCUCGCCGCCGCCUUCGCAUUCCUCGCCUGCAUCCUCGUCGCCGUCGGCUUCAAGGCCGCCUGGUCCGCCACCUUCCUCGUCAUCCUCACCUCCGUCGUCAACGUCCUCAGCAACGACUGGUGGGCCAAGCCCAAGGACCAUCCCGAGAGAGACUUCCGUCGCUUCGACUUCUUCCAGGCGCUCUCGGUCGUCGGCGGGAUGAUCCUGCUGAUCAACCAAGGCCCCGGAGGAAUCUCCUUCGACGCCAAGCGCAAAUCUAUCUGA